GAUUUAUUUAUUUACAUCACAAACGAGCGGCCCUGAAUGGACGCCAGCGCGGAGAGCGCGAUGCCCCGAGCUCAGACGCGCCUCUGACGGGCUUUGGGGAGCUGUGGCCGGGCAGGGAGGCGGUAGACGGGAGCUGUGGCCGCUCUGAUGAGUUUUUACUGAUUAAGCAGACGGACCACGGUCGGUCCCUGCAGGGCUGCUGCUGCUGCCACCGCCGCCGCCACCGCCACUGCCGCCGCCGCCACUGCUGCUGCUGAUGAACAGGGCGACUCCGGUACCGCCGCGCGCGCACGGUCCGCUCUGUCUCCGGUACAAUGGAGUUUGGGGAGAGGAGACGGAGCAGAAAAUCUCCGAGCUUUAAACUGGUCAGCGAGCAAGACUAUGGGCCUGGAUUUGACAGCCCUGACCAUGAUGACACAGACAGUGAACCACUGGACAUAUCAGAGAAUGAAGCCUGGCUAGGUGACGAGGGUACGGAAAUUAAAAAGCAGAUCACAGGUAUGAUGCGGCUGUUGAGUGACAAGUCUGGGCGAGGGUACCAGCGAGUAGAAAGAGAGGGGGAGGCUGUCAAAGAGGAACCCCAGGAGGAGGCUCUGAGCUGGACUUUACCUCAGAACCAAGCCCCUGAGGAACCCCAGCACUGCUGGAGCUCAGCUCCACCCAUGUCCCACAGUCAGUACGACACUCGUUCCAAAACCCAGAAGAUACUCAACAACUCCAAAAGCAGAGAUUUGGCUCGGCCUCCUGUUCCUGCAGCUACUCCAACUGAAUCCAGCUGCUGCAUGUGUAACUGCAAGAGCACUCUGCAGGCCAUCCUGCUGGAGUUACGCACAAUGAGAAAACUGAUGCAGACUCAAAGAGGGGCCCAGGAGAAACAAUGUGUUAGAAAGAGGAGGGCAGUGCACAGAGUGACAGCUUUAAUUCCACCUACAAAGCCUGCCACGCCCCCUUACUCUCCCUGUGUGACUGAAUCUCUAGAGGAGGUUUGUCAGAAAGGAAGAGCACAGAGUGAGAGGGCAGUGCCUUCCCCUCCGACCACACCCUUCACCAACCCCACACCAACAGCUCUCUACAGCCUGAACAGAGCACAGAACUGCACUGAGCCGGAGGUGCAGUUGGCGGAGGAUUAUGAAGUGUUCAUCCCUAAGGCACAGUUGGACUCCAUCCUGCUGAACUACACUCGCUCAGGCAGUCUGCUCUUCAGGAAGCUGGUGUGUGCCUUCUUCGAUGAUGCUACGCUAGCUAACUCACUGCCCAAUGGAAAGAGGAAGAGGGGUCUGAAUGACCAUAGAAAAGGACUAGACCAAAACAUAGUGGGAGCCAUCAAAGUGUUCACAGAAAAGUACUGCACUGCUAACAGAAUUGAGAAGCUUCCUGGUCCACGAGACUGGGUCCAGAUCCUUCAAGACCAGAUCAAACUGGCUCGCCGGCGCUUAAAAAGAGCAGAGACAAAUACAGACUGUGACGAGACCCUCAACAGGACACCUACAGAUAAAACAGGUGAAUCACAACUCACUGCUGAGAAUGGGCUGAAGUCUCAGAUGAGUUUAAAUGGUGCAGAUUAUGCACUAGGAGGGCAUCAAUCUGCAAACAAACAUGCUUAAAAGUCUCCCCUCCAUUUGCUUCAGAAGAAGUCCUGAAUCAGUCUGGACGGCAGCGUGAAUCAGUCUAAAGUCUGAGGUAUUUUUGAUUGUCUUCAUGAAAGGGCUGGACAAUUCAGAUGGUAGAAACUGGUGAUAAGGACUAAAUGAGCUUGCUCAUCUCACAACAGAAACCUCCCUAACUCUGUGACUGCUCUAAAUACACUGUUAAAAACUGUUUUUCUGUUUUGUUUCAGAUGCUUCCUGUUAUGUAUGGUGGUUUAAAAUGUGUGUGAAUGACUUGGAUUGUUGUUGUUUUAUAGUUAAAUAUAUGAAGUAAUGUGUGUGUGUACUUCCUUAACCUCUUCCAAGUGCUUCAUGAGACAAAGUGAAGCUCUGAUGUUGAGAAAAUAUGAUUGUGUGCCUUUAACUCAUUCUGCCAUACCUCUCCAAAAGCACUGUAUAUUGUAAAAUGUAUAUAUAGUGCCAUUUUCCACAUCAGCAGUACCUAAUGUUAUUCUCCUCGCAUAGUAAUCAAUGUACCAGUACUGUGACCAUAUAAGCUGAUUAUGAUAUGUGCUAAAUCUCUCCCAGUAUAAGAGGAUAUGUAUGUGUAAUGUGCACAACUGAGUGAAUUAAGUCCCUCGUCUCAGUCACAUGGAUUUUUACCUCACUGGCUUUUAAUGCUUGACUGAUUAUUGUACUGUAUGCACAGAUUGUCUAUGUCGAUUGUUUAAAACCUGUAAGAAAGGAAAAAAGAGCCUAAA